CUGUCAAAAAACAUUGAAUGAAACAAGAACGAUCAAGUGGUGGUUACAGUGGCAUUCCACCCACAUCCAAAUGCCUUGUUUGUGAGCAUCCAGAUGGUGGCUCCGCGCAUUUUGGGAGUACAUCAUGUCUGGCGUGUGCCGCGUUUUUCCGAAGGACCGUAUCGCUGAAUAUUCAGUUUCAGUGCAAAAAGGACAAGAACUGCGUGAUAUUUCAUGAACUCCGAAUGAUUUGCCGAGCUUGUCGAUUCGAUAAAUGUGUGAAAGCUGGUAUGCGGCGAGAAUGUGUACAGAAAAGAAGGUCGAAUAAGAAAAUUCCGAAGAAACAUAUGAAUAUGUUGAGAGAAGAUCAAAUUAAGAUGGAAUAUGAUGAGUGCAAGUUUGAAUGCUCUGGAGACCAAACUGAUGACAAUUCUCCUCUGUCGAUUGAGAAAAAAUCGCCGCCCGGACUUCUUCCAAAUGACAGCCCAAUGAUGGCAGACUUUAAGUUUGACCCCAGCGAUAUCCCGUCAACGAGUGGUGGAUCAACGCAGAGGUUGGAAAGAUCACCGUCUCCAAAACUGGCAGAAUCGAAAAUCCUCAGUAUGAACGGAGAAGAGUUGCUUCGAUUUUAUGUGGAUCAGUUGAAAAACUCAAUGGACCGGCGACGAAUGAUUUUUACGGAUACUGCACUUUUAGCUGUCAUUGAUGAUCGAGGCGAUGUGCCAUUUGACGCAACGGAACCACCUCCUCACUCUCUGAAACGACAAUACGAAUCUCAACGAUUCGAUAAUCUCCUGGCAUUUGACUUUUGUAAAUGUUGCCCCGGAUUCGAUUUUCUUAGUCGAGUGGAAAAGGCAAUCUUCUUUAGAAGUUGUUCAUUAGCCUACUGCCUGCUGGAUAUCGCUUGGAUUACUGUACAAGCUUACCCAGAAGAAGCCGCCGAGCCAGUUUUAAUGUAUACGGAUGGAAGUGUGUGUACAGUUAAUAAUUUAUCGUAUGGAUGGGAUGAUGAAGAGGAUAUUUGUGCGCAUGAUAAGAAAAAGCUAUUUCUUGGUUUUUUGGGUCGCUUCAAUGACGCUAUUUGCCGGCCGAUCCGGAAUUUAAAAAUGACACACGUGGAAUUUGCAGCUCUUAAAGCUUUGUGCAUUUGGAAACUGGGUUACUGUGAAUUUACUCCAAGUAUGAAAGUAAUCGGGAAGGAACACGAAGAAGCAUUGCUCAACGGAUUACACAAUUAUUAUGAUGAUUUGUACGGAAAUCCUGAUGAAACUGGCAUGAGGAUAGGAAAUCUCAUUUUGUUAAUGGGAACUGUUUUUGAAAUGAAUCAAUUAAUAAUGGAAACCUACAAAUCGGCGGAACUUUUCGAACUAUUCAAGCUAGAUGCUCUUUCAAAAUCCCUGUUGACACUUUAGUGGAAUUUGUUUUCUUUUUUUGUUUUUAAUAUUUUAAUACUUUAUAUGGAAAAAUCAACAUUUUACGGGUUCUCUCUCAUCUUCUGUCUCCCAUUUUCUUGUAUUUACUGUUCCUAAUACAAAAUAUAGUUGCGCAUUUCAAAUGUGAUCAAUCUGCAAUGUGAUAAAAUAAAAUGAAUUCAUUAUG